UGGCAUCGACAGUUUGCAGGUUGUUCUCUUUUUUCAAUCACAGUACUUCCUUCUCUCUCACCCACUCAAACCAGCCUUCUCUUUAUAAGGGUUUGUUUCCUAGGUUGUGAGAAGUAGGAAAUUCCGCAUUCUCUCUCUCUUUGAGACAACAUGAGAAUGAAUGUGAAAGAAUCGACGAUGGUAAAGCCAAUGGCAGAAACGCCACGUGGGACUCUGUGGCUGUCAAAUUUGGACAUACAAAUACUUGGUAACUACCACAGCCGCUCCGUCUACUUGUACAGCUCCAAUGGCGCCGCCAACUUCUUCGACGUUGGCUUGCUGAAGGCGGCUCUUGGUCGGGCUUUGGUUGACUUCUACCCCUAUGCAGGGAGGCUGGAGAAGGCGGAUGACGGGCGCCUCCAGAUUAACUGCAACUGCGAGGGAGUGUUGUUCGUGGUGGCGGAGUGCGACGCCGCAGUCGAUGACUUGGGUGAUUUUGCGGCCCGCGCCCCCGACCUCUCCCUCGUCCCUAAAGUCGAUUAUUCCGGGGGGAUUUCCACCUGGCCACUUUUGCUGCUGCAGUUGACUCGAUUCAAAUGCGGUAGCAUUUCCUUGGGCGUUACAGCCGACCACCACGUUAAAGAUGGGACCUCCGGCCUGCAUUUCAUCAACACGUGGUCUGACAUAGCCCGCGGCGUCACCUCUGUGGCCGUCCCCCCGGUCCUGGACCGCCGCCCCCUCUCGGCGCGGCAGCCACCGCAGCCCAAGUUCCCCCACGAUGAAUACCAGCCCCCGCCGCAGCUCAUAACCCCUCUCCCCAUCACCGACACAUCACACGCAGUAUUCAAACUCACUCCGGACCACCUCCGCGCCAUCAAGCAGAGCUGCAGCGGUUAUUCGACGUACCAGGCGGUCACCGGCCACGUGUGGCGCUGCGUCUGUGCGGCCCGCGGCCUCCCUCCAGACCAACCAACCAGGCUGAAAUUCUCGGUGAACGGGCGUCCGAGGCUGCAGCCGCCCCUGCCGCCGGGUUUAUUCGGCAACGUGAACUUCUAUACCACGUCGACCGCUCUGUGCGGCGAACUGGUGUCGAACCCGGCGGGGUUCGCGGCGGAGAAAGUCAACGGGGCGGUGGCCCAAAUGAACGACGAGUAUUUAAGGUCGGCUAUCGACUACUUGGAGGUGCAGCUGCCGAGUAUCCUCAACACCACUGCCCGCAACGAAAACUUGGUGAAGUGUCCUAAUCUUGAUAUUACGAGCUGGGUGCGGCUGCCCUUUUACGAAGGGGAUUUCGGGUGGGGGAAGCCGGUUUAUGCCGGGCCGGCAGUGGUUCAGUAUGAAGGGAAGGCUUAUUUGCUCCUUGAUCCGGAGAGUGAUGGGAGUUGGUUGCUUCAGAUCACGCUCUUCAAGCCGCAUAUGGACGCCUUUCACAACUUGUUUUAUGAUAUUCCUCCGUCCACCAAAAACAUCACAAUUUGAUUACCCACAACUUGUUUAUGUCUAUGCUUUGAUGUUGGUCUCGAUUGUGUGUGUGUUGAGUCGAACCACUUUGUUUGUCGUAUCUUUUAUUUCAAAUAAACACUAUUGCCUGCUCGAGUGUGUGACAAAAAAUAUUUUAUAUAUAAAAUUUAAGGAAGAAUUUUUUAUUAUCA